AUGUAUCUCUCGUUUCCUUUCUCUCCUCUCUCUCCUUUCUCUUCCUUUCCUUGGGGAUUGUUCCAGCUCCAGAUCGGGUUGGUAAGCUUCUCGGUGGCGGGGUUCGCUGCUCUCUUAAGCUUCUGCUCCCUUGUCUUUGCACUGCUGCUGGCUCGUCCUACCAGUGUGCACUGGUCCUGCGACGACAUGUUCUCGGAGUGGACGUACGAGCUUUGCCGGGACGGUUCGAAUGUGACUUCGGAGCUUGCCGAUGAUCCUGAAACCACCCCUCGUGAUGUUAUCCACCGGCUAUUCAAGCCCCGCAAUGGUCUGUGCGGGAGAUGCCAGCGCGGCGAAAGGCACAGGGGAAUUGGACAGCUUGACCUACAGCAGGCAUAUCUGUGCGGGAAAUGGGGCGCCAACAGGCCCAGCGAUCUUUUCCUUCAAAUAUAUCACGAUGUGCUCUGUACUCUGGACCGCAACCCGAUGGCCGGGUGUGCUUCCCCGGCAUUGCUAGGGAGCUCUGGUGUUGUGCCUUUGACUAUCAUUGCUCCGACUCCAGAUGUCUGUCGCCAUAUGGCAAACUGUAUAGUUCGCGCGGAGCAAGAGGUGUUCCUGGCCACAAAUUUCUGGGUUUCAUCUCGUUGCUCGACAAUCAUCACGGACGCUCUCAAGGAGCUCUCCGUUCGCGCUGGUAGACGGGGCACCGCAAAAGUGGUUGUUAAGAUCAUGUAUGAUCGCGCACACUUGAAACAGAUCAUCAACAGUCGCCAGCUCGUUUAUCCCCAAGCCGCCACCGAUGUCCACGUGCAACUGCCACCUCCAGAACAUAUUCCAAACCUUGAGCUCGAGGCGAUGAAUUAUCAUCAGCCCAUUCUAGGGACAUUCCAUUCAAAAUUCAUGGUAGUGGAUCGGAGGGUAGCACUGCUUCAAAGCAGCAACAUUCAGGACAACGAUAAUUUGGAAAUGAUGGUUCGACUGGAAGGCCCUAUCGUCGAUUCUAUCUACGAUAUGGCCAUUAUCCAAUGGAAUGCCAAGUUGAGACCGAUGCUUCCCAUGGUUAAUUCGCCAGCGGCGUUGGGCCAACCGCCCACUUUUGCUAAUCCUGCUGCGCAAAAAUCCCCCGAGAAAGAGGUGUAUGCUGUCCCACAAGAAAGUAUUCGAUCGGAGGAAGUAGAAAAGCGGAACGAGCUUGGUUGCGACCGCGAAGAAUAUCAGCCCGAUAUUGAGUCGGAAGCCGCAUGUAUCCAGGCAUGCCUCAGGCCCCGAUAUUCCGAGAAUAAAGUCGAAAGCGUCACUCGCUACUUGAAUGUUAUCAAACGCCCUGAUGUGACAGGCGAUGCCCCUGAGUCGUCUGGCCAGGAUGAAAUGACACCUUACAUCCUCCAUGCACCCCAUAAUCCAUUCCCAAUGGCGCUGGUAUGUCGAGAGCCAUGGCCUGCCUUGAAUCAUUCGAGUCUUUACACACCUCAAAACGUGGCAUUCCUUUCAGCUAUCCGCAGCGCUCAAAAGUCCAUUUUCAUUCAAACGCCAAAUUUGAAUGCAGAAUGCUUGCUAGAGCCCAUCCUUAAUGCUGUUCGUCGAGGGGUUGUGGUAACCUGCUAUCUUACCUUAGGAUACAACGACCCAGGACAGCUUCUUCCCUUCCAAAACGGCAUCAACGAAAUGAUAUCAAAUCGCCUAUACAACUCGCUCAAAUCCGAAAAGGAAAAAUCACGGCUCCAGAUAUACAACUAUGUGGCGAAGGAUCAAACGAGACCUAUUCAUAAUAAGUUCAAAAAACGGAGCUGUCAUAUAAAACUGAUGAUUAUCGACCGGCACGUCGCGAUUCAAGGGAAUGCGAAUCUUGAUACACAGUCGAUUUUCCACUCUCAAGAAACGAAUGUCCUCCUUGAUUCUGCGGAGGUGUGCCAAACUUGGCUUGACGGCAUCCGCAGAAACCAAAACACGGCUAUAUAUGGCGCAGUUAGCCCACGAGAUGGAUGUUGGCAUGAUCCAGUGACGGGAGACAUGGCGGAAGGCGCGAUUGGAGUCAACCCCGGAAGGUUCAGUUGGAUAAAGGGGUUUGUGGGGGCGAUCAAGCGAGUUCGGGGAGUAGGUGCGUUCUGA